AUGCCACCGCAAACAAUCCAAGAGACCUUGACGGACCAUAUCCCUACUUUCGUGCUCAAUGUCAACGCACCCAUUCAACCUAAACCUAUGGGUACAUGGAUGAUGGUGUAUUCCGAUGACGUCUGGUACUGGCAAGGCUUUAACUUGACCAACCUCAGGAACGCCUAUGGCCACAUUUUCGACCUUCCAUGCCCAACAAUGAGUCACCCAAUCAGAUCACUGAGACCAUUCCCAACAUGGGCAGUAUCUGAUGCACAUCCUCGAUUCGUCAUCCAAACUCUCGAUGAGCUGAAGAAGCAUGGCAUUGAAACUCUACAUCAUCUCCUUAGAUGCCCCCUUCAGCAUGCCAUCGCUAAGCUCAAGGAGUGUCUCGUUUGUUCCAAGAGCGAUGUUUUAUGUGACUAUAUGGCGCCUCAUACUGAGGUUGACUGGCUUUGGAGCGUCUUUUAUGCCACGGAUGAGACGAACCUCGUCGUCAGCUGCUCUCGGCUGUCCAAUACAUUUACCUCGGAGGAUCUGCGUCUAAAAAAGUCAAACGCGAUCUACACUCUCCGGCAGCUUGCUACAUAUGCUGUUAUUGGCAAGACGCGAUACGGCUUCAUUCUCACAGACAAGGAAGUCGUGAUUGUGCGCUUCCACGUGGUCAGUCGAGAACUUGAAGAGUAUGGAGUCGGGUGGGUGGCAAUUCCAUGGAAAGAAACCGGCCCAUGCACGCUGACGGCUCCCCUGGCUCUGUUUUCUCUGGCCUUGAUGAGUUUGAACGACGACCAUCGUCACAUUGUGGUUGGUGACCAGACGCUUCCCCUUGAUGCUUGGGUUAGAGAGAAACCCUCGACUAGAGAAGGAAAGGUCAGAUUCUACCACCAUCUCUCGGGACAGUAUGUGGACGAGUUGCCAGAGGGCGUUCAUUUUUACUGGGAGCGGAAGAAGAAAAGGACCCGCUGUGUCGCUGACCAUGACACUCGCUCACAUUUUGACGGGGACUUCAGGGGACAUGGCCGGAUGGAGGUGAUUAGAGCGGAGUAG